AUGUUAGAAUUCCUGUUUUUCAUACUCAUAACAUCCGAUUUACAUCCAACAUCAGCUUUAUUUGUAGUGAAAGCAAACAAGAUGAAACAUAUAGCAAGGUACGGGGACAUAGUUCAACUUGUCUGCAACUUCCCAGUGAAUGAUAAUUUUAACAUGGAUCAACUUAAGGCCUCUUGGGAAUACAUCAACUCAACUUCAAGCCUUCGGGUGGAAAUAUUGAGACUUAACAAUGGGAAGAUAGAAUUGUUAGACCACAAAAGCGCUCACAAUAGGAGAAUAACUAUGUUGAUGGAUGAACUGAGGAAUGGACAGGCUGUUUUGGAGAUCACACAUGUGAAACUCUCUGAUGCAGGAACUUAUCGCUGUGUUUUACAGCUAGGAGGAUCUGACUAUGAUGUAACUACCCUUGAUGUGCAAGCUUCAUAUGAAAACAUAAGCAGAUAUACAGAGAUAUUAUCCAGUGAUGGCAAUGAAAUGUCUUUGACUUGCCAGUCUCUAGGUUUCCCAGAGGCAGAAGUGAAUUGGCAGACAAAAUAUGUCAAUAUGUGUUCUCCAGCAGUUACUUCUCGUAUACUGACUUCAGAUGGAUUAUAUAACACAUCAAGUACCAUCAAAUGCAAGGAACAGUCAUCACAAAAUAUAAAGUGUGUGUUUUGGAACAAAGCACUAAAUGAAACGACUGAGGCCAUUUUUAAUUUUCAAGAACAUGAAAGCCAUUCAACUAUACAAACUAUUACUACAAUUGUGAUCAUAUGCGGAGCUAUUUUUCUUACUUUUGUCCUGCUAGUCAUUUAUUGGAAAAGAAAUGAAGUCUUUCAAAUGUUUCAGAAAAAAAGGGGAUCAGGUGACUUAUUAGCAGACCGACUCAGCACUUAUCUCAUUACCAAUGAAGAUAUGAAAAAUACUCAAAUAUUUAUUUAA